AUGGCGGUCGCCUCUUCCUCAUCGUCGUCGACCACGGCCGCCGACCGCGAUGUCGAGGCCCAACGCCAAGAAGCGCCCAUCGCCCCCAAGACGUCGCAUUGGAGCGUCCUGCUGGACCAGGCCGGCGUCGACGAUGCCGUCCUCAACCACAAGUACCCCGGAAACGGCACCGUUGAGUCGCCGUAUCUCGUCGACUUCCUGCCCAGCGACCCGCGGAACCCCGUAACCUUUUCCAAGACUUUCAAGUGGGCCAUUACCCUCAUAGCCGCCAUGUCGACGCUCGCCGUCUCCUUUGCCAGUUCCGCCUACUCGGGCGGCGUCUUCGAGAUCAUGAUGGACUUUGGUGCCUCCACCGAGGUCGUCAUUCUCGGCGUCUCCAUGUUCGUCCUUGGUUUCGCCAUCGGCCCGCUCAUCUGGGCGCCGCUGUCUGAGAUGUACGGCCGCCAGCAUCUCUUCUUCUUCACCUACAUGGCCCUGACGGCCUUCAAUGCUGGCGCUGCUGGCGCUCCGUCCAUGGCUGCCCUCAUCGUGCUGCGUUUCUUCGCCGGCGCGUUCGGCUCGUCGCCUCUGACGAAUGCCGGUGGUGUCAUUGCCGACAUGUUUUCCGCCAACGAGCGCGGUAUCGCUACCAGCAUCUUUGCCAUGGCCCCGUUCCUGGGCCCUGCUCUUGGACCGAUUGCUGGCGGCUUCCUUGGCGAGGCCGAGGGUUGGAGAUGGGUCGAGGGCCUGACGGCCAUCUUCACCGGCGUCCUCUGGAUCAUCAACUCGCUCGUUUACCCCGAGACGUAUGCACCCGUGCUGCUGCGAAAGCGCGCAAUCGCCCUCUCCGAGAAGACGGGCAAGGUCUACAUCUCCAAGCUGGACGAGGGCAAGCCCAAGAAGAGCGUCGGCAGCCAGAUGAAGGUGGCCAUGUCGCGCCCCUGGAUCUUGCUCUUCCGUGAGCCGAUCGUCCUGCUCACCGCCAUCUACAUGGCCAUCAUCUACGGCACGCUGUAUCUCUGCUUCGCCGCGUUCCCCAUCGUCUUCCAGCAGGGCAGGGGCUGGAAGCCCGGUAUCGGUGGUCUGGCCUUCAUCGGUAUUGCCGUGGGCAUGACUGUCGCGACGGUCGGCAGCAUCUUUGACAACGGGCGCUACCAGCGGGCGGCGAAGAAGGCUGGCGGAAUGGCGCCGCCCGAGGCUCGUCUCCCCCCGGCCCUGGUCGGUUCCAUCCUGCUACCCGUCGGACUGUUCUGGUUCGCCUGGACCAACGGCAACAGCGUCCACUGGGUCGUGCCCAUCAUUGGCUCCGGCUUCUUCGCUGCGGGCAUUGUCCUGGUCUUCCUGUCACUCAUGAACUACCUCGUCGACUCUUACGUCAUCUUUGCCGCGUCUGUCCUGGCCGCCAACUCGGUCCUGCGAUCGCUGUUUGGCGCCAUCUUCCCCUUGUUCACGACGUACAUGUACCAGGACCUCGGCAACCACUGGGCCAGCUCCAUCCCCGCGUUCCUGGCGCUCGCCUGCGUGCCGUUCCCGUUCCUCUUCUACAAGUACGGCGCCCGGAUCCGCAUGAAGUGCAAGUUCGCCGCCGAGGCCGCGCACGUGCUCGAGAUGAUGCGCACCAAGCACACGCAGAUCACCGAGGAGGAGGCCGUGCACGAGGCCGACGACAAGGAGAGGGAGAGGCGCGAGAGCACCGCCCUGGAGAAGCAGGCGACCAACGCCCAACAGGCGUCGUCCUAG